GCCAUCUUGGCUCGAGCACACGGCCAGGCCCACUGCCUGCAGGGCCGCAGUAUUGGCAGUCGCACCGCUCGCCCGCAUCCAGCAUGCCGGGCACGGGCCUCCGCCGCAAGGGCAACGACGCAUUCACGGCCCAGCUCUUGAACAAGACGCGCUUGUGCAGCUUCUACGAGAGUGGUACCUGCACCCGAGGGGAGCACUGCGGCUUCGCGCAUGGGAGAGACGCUCUGCGCAAGGCCCCAGACUUCUCGUUCACCCAGCGCUGCAGAAGCUUCGCGGAGACUGGGACGUGCAGUCAGGGCAACGUGUGCACGUUCGCCCACGCGCCGGGGCAGCUGCGGCGCUGGAGGCACACCGAACGCAACAGGAACGGCUCCGGGCGCGGCUCGGUGGAGUGUGCGCCGCAGGAGUGCGAAGUGCAGCCGCAGCUGCAGCAGCAGCCGCACCGCGCCCGCUCGGCGGCCGCCCGCGCGGCCUCGCGCCCCCAGGACGUGCCCGCGCCGGUUGGCGCGCAGUGCGAGCGGCAGCGGCAUCCGCAGGCCCCGCGUGCACCGGCGGGGCGCGGCGCAGAGGCAGCCGGGCGAGGCGCGCGCCGCAGUUUGGCGUUGCAGCCCUCCGCGCCGCAGCUGUCCGCCGCCAGCACGCAGGCUCAGCACCUGGAGGCCCUGGCGGGGGGCAGGACGCCCUUGCGCUCUGGGGCGGCGAUGUUCGUGCCGCGCCCCCAGGGGGGCGCGGAGGAGGCGGCCCAGGUCAGCGCGUUGCUGCACGCGCUCGACGUGCUGCCGCGGUCGGGCGGCGCCGAGGCUGCGCGGCAGGUGUGCGGCCAGGUCGGCGAGAAGCCCGUGUGCCGCACGGAGGGUGUCGCAGAUCUGGGCGAGCUCCAGGCCAAGGCCAGCCUGCCGUUCGUGUGCCUGCCGCCGCGCGACCCCCUGGAAAUCUGCAGGGGCAUCACCGAGAGCAGCGAUGCGUUCGAUGUGGAGUCCGUGUGCAGUGUGGUGACCGCGGACAAUGAGAUCCAUUGUGGCAGGGCGAAGGAGGGUUCGUCCCCGCAGCUGGCGGCGACAGUCAGUCGCACGUUCCUUCACUUCUUCGUGCCAGGCGGGGGCAGCAGUCUCGGCAGCCGCCGCCGCGCCUCUUCGGCGCACUGAAGGAAGUACGGCGUCCACCCGAGUCUCUUCGAAUUCGACCACAGAGGCGAGUUGAGGAUAUACGACUCGGGCAUGGUGAAGGACAUCAUGCUGAUGGGGGAGGACUUCCACUCACUUAGGCUGAACGGGGAAGCGUCGUCUGGAUGACUUCCAGUGCAGUCAGCUUUGUUAAUUAGAAUUCGGCGCCAUCCGCGGAACUACAUCGGUUUGGCAGCACCUUUGCGCCCCCUCGUUAUUUUUUCUUGUCUGUUCUAACCCUCUGCGAAAUCUGAUACGUCGAUACUUCUAAAUUGUAAGCUGGGCCUGAUGGUCGACGACUUUCACGCCCCAUCCUUGAUCUGGGACUGCAGGCACAGGUGAGACGACGUUGUCUGUCGGGUACCAACAUCUGUGCAUUUGCUUGUGCGGCGCUAUGAGUUGUCAUGAUAUCACGUGCCGUGAUGUCCUGCUUUGCAGCUGUCUCUGGCCUUUUAUACUACGGGGUGAUGGGG